UCCUCCCACGUGGAACCUUUUUUCCCCUUAAGAUGUGUGUCCCAUUUAUGUUCACAUCUACCGUUUGAGCCUCUAGAAGACCACAGGUGGAAUCUGAGUGUUCACUUGGCUGGUGGAGAUUUCGGGUUUACCUCUCACGUUCUUUUGCAGGAUCUUGUGUGCUGAGUUAGCCAGCAACUUUCACUUCGAUUGCCUAGACUUUGACUCCAUGAUGUUUGGCGCUGCCCCAGCCCGCCGCCUCUCCACAGCCUCCUCAGUUACUAAACCUCCACACUUCAUCCUCACCACCGACUGGGUUUGGUACUGGACUGACGAGUUUGGUUCUUGGCAGGAAUAUGGAAAACAAGGCAUGGAGCACCCCGUGACCACUGUCAGCAGCAGCGAUUUGGAGAAGGCCUACCUGGCAUACUGUGCACCGGGCUCUGACGCCCAGGCAGCCAUCCUGAAGUUCCAGGCUGGAAAGCACAGAUACGAGUUAGACUUCAAAGUGUUUGUUCAGAAAAACCUGGUCUAUGGCACAGUCAGAAAGGUUUGCCGGAGACCCAGAUACGUGUCCCCGCAGGAGGUGAAGGUGAAGCAAGCCUGCAGUGUCAAGUUUCAAGGCCCAAAGAGCAUCCCAGACCAUUGGGAUCCCUCAGCCCUGCCAGACCCUGGCUUUAAGAAGAUAACCCUCAGUUCUUCAUCAGACGAGUAUCAAAAGGUCUGGAACCUAUUCAACCGUACGCUGCCUUUCUACUUUGUUCAGAAGAUUGAGCGAGUCCAGAAUCUGGCCCUUUGGGAAGUCUACCAGUGGCAAAAAGGGCAGAUGCAGAAGAGAAGCGGAGGGAAGGUGGUCGAUGAGAGGCAGCUGUUCCAUGGCACCAGUGUGAAUUUCGUCGAUGCCAUCUGCCAGCAGAACUUUGACUGGCGGGUCUGUGGUCUUCAUGGUACUUCCUACGGCAAGGGGAGCUACUUUGCCCGAGACGCCGCAUAUUCCCACCACUACAGCAAAUCUGACACCAAGUCCCACACGAUGUUCCUGGCCCGGGUGCUGGUGGGGGAGUUUGUCCGAGGCAACGCCUCCUUCGUCCGCCCCCCGGCCAAGGAGGGCCUUGGCAACGUCUUCUACGACAGCUGCGUGAACAGCAUGUCUGACCCCUCUAUCUUCGUGGUCUUCGAGAAGCACCAGGUCUACCCGGAGUACAUCAUCCAGUACGUCAGCUCCACCAAGCCCAUGGUGGGGGCCUCCACCCUCUUCUCCUUGGCAUCUUUCUUUGGGGGCCGGCAGUGAGCCCGCCAGGGUGUUUUUAAUGCCUUUCAGGCCUGUCUUCCUUGGAGUAGCUAUUCGGGAAGGUGUGGUUUUUUUUUUUUUUGUUUUUUGUUUUUUUUAACAAAAACUUUUAAUGAACUGUUCAUUUAACGUUGACUUCCUGAUGAAGUUACAUUCUUAAUCUCGCACUGGUAAUGGUUUUCGGUUUUAAGCCACUCUUGGGCUCGUUACUAGACUAACCAGAAGUGAUUAUAGGUGGUCCUGUUACUGCCUUUUACUAGUGUGUUAAAGUUUUAUUACUUACACUCUUUGUUGACUUUGCGGCUGAUUGGCACCAGGCACAGAGUUUCUAGAUACUAUUUUAUGGAUUGAUUUUAAAUUUAAGUUUCUGUCUCUGCAGUGAGUCAUUUGGUUUUUCAGGGUCUCAGUGGCAUCUUGUUUAAUUUUUUGUCAAAAUGACACAGUAGCCAUCAGUGCAGGAGGCCUCCCUGUCUGUUGCUCUGGCUCUAAUCCAGGCAGCUCUUCUCCUGGGCUUCUGGCCUUGGAGUUGGCCCAUCAGUCACGGUGUGAGAGCAAGUGGCUACUGUGUGGCAUCACUGGGGCCCUGUCGUGGGGUCCACACCAUUCAGUGGAAGGUGACAGGGAUGAGUGGCUGCCAAGGACCCCCGGGCUCUGCCCACGAAGGCCCAUUCCCACAUCUGAGCACACUGGACACCCUCCGAAUGUGGGUUUUCUGUUCCUGUGAGAUUUGAAUACCUGUGCUGCAAAUGUCACAACGGAGAAUGGAAAUAAAAGAAUAUUUAUCUGAA